AUGGCUAAACUCUGCUUUCUUUUUCUUUUCUCAUUCCAGGUUUGGUUACAACUUGCUAUCUCCCACACAAUAGUCAAGUUUCUUCCUGGGUUUCAGGGGCCCCUUCCCUUCCACCUUGAAACCGGAUAUGUUGGUGUUGAUGAAGCAGAGGAUCUGCAGCUCUUCUACUACUUCAUCAAGUCCCAGAGGAAUUCUAAAGAGGACCCUCUUUUGCUUUGGCUAACUGGUGGCCCUGGUUGCUCUUCUUUUACCGCUCUUGCUUUUGAAAAUGGUCCAAUCAAUUUUGAGGCAAAGGAAUACAAUGGGAGCUUACCUACAUUGGUCUUGAAUCCUUACUCAUGGACACAGGUUUCCAGCAUGAUAUUUUUAGAUUUGCCUGUUCCCACUGGGUUCUCCUAUGCAAGAUCUCCGGUUGAUUUUCAGAGAAGCGACUUUAAACAAGUUUCGCAAGCUGUCCAAUUUCUUCGAAAGUGGCUCAUGGAUCAUCAAGAUUUCCUCUCAAAUCCAGUCUACAUUGCCGGUGACUCCUACUCCGGCAUGAUCGUCCCAGCUGUUGUUCAAAAGAUUUCUAAUGGGAACAAUGAGGGUAUCAAACCACUGAUAAAUCUCAAGGGAUACAUACUUGGGAACCCUAGUACUGAUUCGACUUUUGAUGCUAACUCAAACAUUCCAUUUGCUCAUGGAAUGGGACUUAUUUCUGAUGAACUCUACGAGUCAUUGAAGAAAAGUUGUCGAGGAGAAUAUCAAAUGAUAGGCCCGAACAAUACAGAGUGUUUGAAAAGUGUAGAUGCUUUUGAUAAGUGCAUUUCAGAUCUUGACAGGUCACAUAUUUUGGAACGCAAGUGUCCUCUUGUUCCCCCACGCCCAACAGAAUUGGGCAAAAGAAGAUAUCUCAAUGAGAACUCUCAAGAAUUCCUCCAUUUUGAAUCUGAUCUUCCUACAAUUGGAUGUCACGAUUAUGUACAACUCCUUGCUACUUAUUGGGCCAAUGACGAUAAUGUCCGGAAAGCACUCCAUGUGCGAAAGGGAAGUAUAGGGGAGUGGCAGCGAUGCGAUUAUAAAUUUCCUUACACUUAUGAAAUUCAAAGCAGCAUUAAGUAUCAUACAGACCUUGGGAUAAAAGGUUAUCGCAGAUUAAUCUACAGUGGCGAUCAUGACAUGAUCAUACCAUUCUUGGGAACUCAAGCAUGGAUUAGAUCUUUAAACUACUCUAUUGUUGAUGACUGGCGUCCAUGGCACUUUCAAGGUCAAGUUGCAGGGGUGGAGGCCACACAGCUCCCGAGCACAAGCCUGCCGAAUGUUUUGGCAUGUUCAAAAGGUGGAUAA